AUGAAUGUCAAAUCCUCGCAAGGUUAUUCAUAUAGAGAUCGGACGCAUGAGUUUUCUAGCAUAACCGAGAGGCUAAGAAAGUCGUUACCAUCUCUAAAUGCGUCGGUGAGUGUGAUUAACGGGGGUGUUGGGGUUUCUACCAAAGCCGAGGGAUCGAGAUCAAAGGUUGCAAUCCAGACGGAAUUCAACAAGAGGGCUUCCAAAAUUGGAUAUGGAAUUCAUCAGACGUCGCAGAAGCUAGCGAAACUUGCAAAAUUGGCAAAAAAGGACCUCUGUCUUCGAUGA